CCUUUUUCCUUCAAAUUCUAACCCUAGUUUGUUGGUCCGUGCAGGUUCGCGCACGGAAAGGUUAGAUCGAACGUACUCGAUCUCGCGUGGAAAGCGUAGCCAAGAUGGUGAUCCGGAAGGAGCUAGUGGAUCAGGACUGGGAGAUUUAUCUCCAUAGUUUUGAUGAGGACACGGCCUGGGGUGUCGACUACCGCCAGGAGAAGAACGUGUACGUCGGCGGCGCGACCAUCUUCAAAAGAGACCAAGCUGGGCAGAUUGUUGAGACUCAGCCUAUCAGAGGGAAGAUUCGGUUUCCUCACGCACCCUUCCGUUUUGGACUCCCCUUAGGGAUGGAUUUUCUCAGCGGUUCGGAGUCGGACCCUAGUGAGGGGCCAGGCUACGAGUCAGGCGAGGGGAGCGAGCCUUCAGUGACUUCCGAGUACCGGAAUCCGACAGAGGGACUUUUGGUGCCGAAGGAGGAGCCGGUGAGCCCCAUUGCACCACCCGAGCAAGAGCUGAAUCAGGGACUCAUGGAUCCCGUACCAUUAGGGUUUGGGUGGAGCUUGGAGGCAUUGAGGCAGUGGAACCUGGACAUGAAAGUUGAGCUUCCGAAGCCAGGAGAGGAGACGCCGGAGCCUUCCAACAUGUGGGCCAGAGAAGAUGCAGACUGCAACGAGUGGCCUUGAUUGGGUUGAGAGCGCUGUUUUAUUUUUGGAGCUUUUAUUUUACUUUGAAGUACUUGUAGUUGAUUUUCAAAUGUAAACAAUUUUGUCAGAUUACUAGGGUGGUUUUGUUUACACACAUGGGUGUGGCCACCGUACAUUAUUUCAGUUAUUGGAUUUAUAUCAAUCGUUCGUUUUCCUUA